UCACCACCAGGUCUUAGGGGUCUCUGUGUCCUGCAGUUCAGGAGAGCUUAACUGGACCUGCUCCCUCUGGGUCGGAAGGAUUGCCUUUGCUCUGCCGCUGUUCCUCAAAGUGAAAUGUAAAAGACAUUGUAGGUGUCUUUUAGCUGAACAUUAGAGGGACCCAAGAGAUCUUCUGUCUUAUUUGACUGUAACCCACUACAGUACCAACACGUUAUGUCCCCAGCCGACUGAACUGGUAGAUAUUCUCCCUCCUCACUGUCUGUUCAUCAGAGGGACCCAACGGUUAUCCUAUCUGCUACACACAUGUACAAUAGAGAGCACCGAAUAGAAGCACCGUCUCCUGGCUGAGUCAAUGAAUGGCGUCCUGGUUGAGAUCUUCUCCUGGUCAUGGCGUCCACAUUCCUCCACAGUAUUAAAUGACCUCCACAAACACAACAGGAGAAACCACCGAGAGGAAUUUAUCACACUGCUGAAAUCAAAGAUCAUGUGAGAAUAUGGCAUCCAUAAGAAGCUCCAGUGGUGCGCAGACUUCCUCUGGGUUUCUCCAGCCUGACCCUUCUCAGAACCACAUGCAAGAGAGUAGAGGAAAGAAGAGAACUCACCGCUGCUCAGACUGCGGGAAGAGUUUUACCUCACCUAGUAAUCUCCAGAUACACCGUCGCAUUCACACAGGAGAGAAGCCGUAUCAGUGCUCGGAGUGCGGGAAGGGUUUUGCUCAGCGAAGUUAUCUCCAAGUCCACCAGCGCAUUCACACCGGAGAGAAACCAUAUGACUGUUCAGAGUGUGGAAAGAGUUUUACCGUACGGAGCCGUCUCCGAAUACAUCAGCGCGUUCACACCGGAGAGAGACCGUAUCGGUGCCCGGAUUGUGGGAAGAAAUUCGUCACACCGACCCAUUUCCGAAAUCACUGGCGCAUUCACACUGGAGAGAAACCGCAUCAGUGCUCGGAGUGCGGGAAGAGGUUUAUUGAAUUAGGCACUCUGAAAAUACACCAGCGCGUUCACACAGGAGAGAGACCGUAUCAGUGCUCAGAGUGCGGCAAACGAUUUACCCAACAAGGUGAUCUCCAAAAACACCAGAGCAUCCACACAGGAGAGAGACCGUAUGACUGCUCAGAGUGCGGGUCCCGUUUUCAUCGACAGAGUAACCUCAAAAUACAUCAGCGCAUUCACACAGGAGAGAGACCGUAUCAGUGCCCGGACUGUGGGAAGAGAUUCGCUGCACCGAGUCACUUCCGAAACCAUCGCCGCAUUCACACCGGAGAGAGACCGCAUCACUGCUCGGAGUGCGGGAAGAGGUUUAUUGAAUUAGGGUCACUGAAAAUACACCAGCGCGUUCACACAGGAGAGAGACCGUAUCGCUGUUCAGAGUGCGGGCGCAGGUUUUCUGUACUGAGCCACCUCCAGCGACACCAGCGCGUUCACACCGGAGAAAAACCGUAUUACUGCUCGGAGUGCAGGCAGAACUUUCGCCAUUUAAACACGUUAAAGACCCACAGAUGCGUUAAGAAAGGAAAUGAACAGAAUAUGGGCCCCAGGAGAAGCUCCAGUACUGAGCAAACCUCCGGUGAUGCUCCCCACACCGAGACGACCUGCAGACCAACGAAGAAAACUGCGGUAAAGAAAAGAACUCACCACUGCUCAGAGUGCGGGAAGAGCUUCACUCGGCAGAGUGAUCUCCAGAAACACCAGCGCGUCCACACCGGAGAGAAACCAUACCACUGCUCAGAGUGCGGCAAGAGGUUUACCGUACAGAGUAACUUUCAGGUACACCAGCGCAUCCACACCGGAGAGAAACCGCACUGCUGCUCCGAGUGCGGGAAGAGGUUUAUUGAAAUAAGCACUCUGAAGAAGCACCAGCGCAUCCACACCGGAGAGAAGCCGUAUCUCUGCUCUGAGUGUGGGAAGAGCUUCAAUCAGCGGAGCAGCCUGCAGCGGCACCGGCGCAUCCACACCGGAGAGAGGCCGUACCAGUGCUCUGAGUGCGGGGAGAGCUUUAACGUACAGAGCAGCCUGCAGCUGCACCAGCGCAUCCACACCGGGGAGAAACCCUAUUACUGCUCAGACUGUGGCCGUAGCUUCAGACACUCGAAAACUUUAAAAAGACACAAAUGCACUAAGAACGAAGACUUGAGAAAGUGUGAGAACAUGGCAUCCAGAAGAAGCCGGAGGACUCAAAGCUCUUCCGGUGCUCUCCGCACCAACACGUCUCGCAGACGGAGGCAUCAUCAGUGCUCAGAGUGCGGGAAGAGCUUCACUCAGCGAGGUCACCUCCACGUACAUCUGCGCAUUCACACGGGAGAGAAACCGCAUCACUGCUCAGACUGCGGCAAGAGUUUUGUUGAAAUCAGUACUCUGAAAAAACACCAGCGCAUACACACAGGAGAGAAGCCGUAUCGGUGCUCCGAGUGCGGGAGGAGCUUCACUCAGCAGAGUGGACUCCAGCGACACCAGCAGAUCCACUCCGGAGAGAAACCGCAUUACUGCUCGGACUGUGGGAAGACGUUUAAUCAGCUUGGUCAUCUCCGACGGCACCAGCGCAUCCACACAGGAGAGAAGCCGUAUCAGUGCUCUGAGUGCGGGAAGAGCUUUAACGUGCAGAGUGCCCUUCAUUUGCACCGGCGCAUUCACACCGGAGAGAAACCGUAUUACUGCUCAGACUGCGGCAGGAACUUCAGGCACUCAAACACUUUGAAGUCGCACAAAUGUGUUAAGAACGAAACCUCUUGACGAUAAAAUAACGCAUUCAUUUUCAUGAGUCGUUUUCAAAUAUGGAUUGGGUAUCUUUGGGAUUUCAUCAACACCGAUAUUGAUACUGAUGCUGCUUAUCGAUACUGAUACCUUAGAUCCAAAGACCAGACAUAACAUGAGAAGAUCUAAAAAGAGGUUAAAAAAAAAAGGCUUUGGUCAUCUCCAAAUGACCGAUGACAUUGUUAACAAGUAUUAAGCCCCAUUCGGACAGGAUUCGUUUAACAUGAUCAGGAGGGUUGUGUAAAUAUUACCAGUGUUUCUCAGUGAUUUCAAUUCCAUCUGAAUGCACCAUGUCAGUCAUUUUUACUGACACUUCAGUAAAGACUCUGGCACCUUUUACCUUCCAUUAAAUGAGCUAUAAAAAACC